CAAUCCUGAAACGUGCUCCCGCCCACCGAGCGGAUCAAGUUUGAAUGAACAACAGCAGUCUGCUCUGGAGGUGGUAGUUGCAUUUGCAGUAAUUAUUAAAAGUGUGUAUCGUAUCACGGGUGAACCGAUCGAGGAUGGACAUGAAGAAAAGAAUUCACCUAGAGUUGCGGAACCGCACUCCGUCAGAUGUCAAAGAACUAGUGCUAGACAACUGUCGCUCAAAUGAAGGCAAGAUCGAGGGUCUAACAGACGAAUUCGAGGAGCUGGAGUUUCUAAGCACAAUCAAUGUUGGCCUGACGACAGUUGCCCACUUGCCGAAGCUAAAUAAACUCAAAAAGCUUGAACUCAGCGAUAACAGGAUCUCAGGAGGGUUGGAAGUUCUGGCAGAGAAGUGCCCCAACCUCACACAUCUAAACCUCAGUGGCAACAAGAUUAAAGACCUCAGCACAAUAGAACCACUGAAAGAACUGGGGACCCUGAAAAGCCUAGAUCUGUUUAAUUGUGAAGUGACAAAUCUGAACGAAUACAGAGACAACGUGUUCAAGCUAUUACCCCAGCUCACGUACCUGGAUGGGUACGACAAAGACGACAAAGAGGCGCCCGAUUCUGAUGCUGAGGUCUACGCAGAGGGCUUGGAUGAUGAUGAGGAAGAUGACGAUGAUGUAGAUGAUGAGGAGUAUGAUGAAGAUGCAGCGCCAGGAGAUGAGGAGGAGGAAGAAGGAGAGGACGAAGAAGAGGAGAAUGAAGAAGAAGAAGAGGAAGACCUCAGUGGAGAGGAGGAAGAGGAAGAAGAUUUGAAUGACAGAGAGGUUGACGAUGAGGAUGAUGAGGAAGAAGAGCGAGGUCAAAAGAGAAAAAGGGACCUGGAUGAAGAAGGGGAGGAGGAUGAUGAUGAUUGAGAGUCUCCUUUAAGCUAAGUUGUGAACUGUUUUUAACUUGUAUCUCCCAGUCACUUCCCAACAGCCCCCAUGUAUUUUCCCCUCAGUUUCAUAUUGCAGUAGGAGUGGGUUUUGUUUUUUUUGUUUGUUUUAUUUUUUGUUGUUGUUAUUGGCCAGUCAGGUAGACGGGGUUUCCUGGAGGGAAAGAAAAAGUUACAUUUAUGUACCUUUGAGGCCCCCGUGUUCCAGUCUUUAUUGUCCACUUUUAACUGCUUUGUGGACACCAGUUUUGUAAAAUCAAAUAAUAGCAAAUAUAAACCUUUUUGAGAGAUGUUUUUGUUUCCUCACUGUUUGUGUAAGACCAAUUUCUGAUGUAUUUUAAGACUGCCCCCUCCAAAAAACAAAGUAAGAAUAAAAAAAAAAAAAAAAGAGUGCAUGUCUAAUACAUUUUAAAGUCAACUACUGGAUUCAUAUACGGCUGUCCUCUCCUUGUCUUAAACUUUUUUUAAUUCUUUUUUUUUUUUCUUUUCUUUUUUUAAAUGUAAGUUAUGUGUUUGUAGUGUCACCAGUAUGCCAAUACUCUCUGCUGUCCUGGUGUGAAACUUCUGUCUGAACAUGCACAGUGUGACCCUCGCAGGGGGGCAUAUUUUUAAAUCCUAGCAAAAAAAUGUCUGCCCUUGUCAAAGCUGCUCCUCCUCCUCUUAAACCCUCAGCUUUGAUAGUUCGGAAAUUACGUGUUCUUGUAAAUAAUGACCAAAUCUAUUUUUUUGUAUUCUCUUUGAUGAUGGCAGACAUUGAACAGACAACUGAGGUGAAACUAUGAAUUGUAAUAAGAUAUUAAAUAUGUAUGCUGCUUUAUCUAAGAAUACGCAGUGUGAAAUUUCUUGAAUUUGAACAUAACUUUGUAUGCGUCAUCUUUCCAUAAAGAGAAAAUGUUCAACAUCAGAGCUCAUUAUUGCUUUUGUCCAUGUUCUUUUCUGUGACACACAGAAGACGAUGUUUGUGCUGGUAGUGUAGAGAAGUGCUCGAUAUAAACGGAGGUUACAGCCACAAUUUAUGUGCAUUGAAAAUUUAUUGUUGCAAAGUGUAAACUCUGGAAAACAGUCAGCUGUUUUGGACUUUUUCUCCAGUAUCCGCAAUGGUCAAAUUGGCCUACCUCAGUGAUUUAUGUUUUGGUUUUUGUUUUUUGUUUUUUCUUUCUUUUCACUAUAUGUUAAAUCCACUGUCAUCAGCCAAUUUCUGUUUCUUUUCCCCUCCCAUUCACUUCAAUAAAUCCCUUUUAUAUA